CGUUUUCUAGUUUGUCCCGUCCUAAAACCCUAACGUUUCCAGAUGUCAUCUUUAAGGUUUUGGUAGCUUACCAAAAAAGCAAUUUUUGCUGGAUUCACGAAUCUUUCAUUUUACAGCCAUUCAGUUGAAUGGUGAAUGUGAUAAAUUUUGUUAAGUGCUUGAACAUGAAAGUCAUCCAGUUUGUCGCGUCCCGUGCUUAGGUAUUAGAUAAUAAAUUUAUUAUUACUAUUAAAAAGAUGCACCAAAAAUAUUUAGGGCAUUGAGAUUACGAUUAAAAAGAAAGCUCUGCCCACUUUUUCAAUCUGGUAGCAUUCUUUCACAUUAAUAAAUUCCAUUCUUCUAAUAUAUUGCUCAUGUUUCUUGCCUUUAUCUUAAGUUAUGAGUCACUUUCCUAAAAAUUUAGCAACUCUGUAUCUCUAUUGAUAUCUAUUAAAUGCUUUCCUAAUCAGUGUACUGAUAAUAAUAUACCUUUGAGAAUUUAUCUCUUUUGUAAGAUCAAAGUUUAUCACGUUCAAUCGAAUGAAAUGAUUCUGCGACUAGGAAUUUUUUUUUUUGCAAAAUAUGGCCCAAUUUCCCUUAAAGUAUCAGUCAGCGCAAAAUUGACAUAAUCAAUUUCAUGAAAUAUAACUACUGUAAUAUUGGAAUUUUAUAAUUUUCGUAAAUCUCCUUCCUGUACUUAUGAACAAUGGUAAGAUUGUGAAAGACAAUUAAGUCGUAAGCUUCUGUUUUCAGGUGACAUUUUUGCCGAAAAUUCUUGCCAUAUCAUUUAUCAAUAAGACGGUAGGUUUGUAAAAAGAGGAAAGAGAGCUAAAGUCUCUAAUUCCUAUUUUGGCCGAUGAAUGAGAUAGUCCUUAUCAAGUUGGGGAUUACAUAUAAAUUCAUGAAUAUCUACCUUGGCCUGGUUGGUUUCACCUCAGUUUCGCACUACCUUUUAGUUGAUGAACAAGGAAAAAUAUUCCCAAUAAGUGUAGAGUGAAGUGUUGAAAAUAAUUGGAAUUUCCUGUUUAACAAUGAGAUUAAUCGUGUCCUUCCUGCUGCUAUUUGCUCCUCUGGUCCUCUCCCAGACGACAUGCACUGACAUCUACCCUCAUACCCUUUGCCAGGGCAUCUUGGAAAAUCGUUUUAUCAGCAGUUUCCGUGGCUGUCAGUACUGGAUACAAUGCAUUAAUGCAAAUGUAGCCAAUUGUGGAAUUUGUAGUGGCUUCUUGCACUUCGAUCCUGAUACCCAAACCUGCACUUAUCCCGAUUUCGCCAACUGUGACAUCUACGCUGCCAAUGUUACUUGCACCGUUGGACAGGUUUCAAGGGAGCCUCAUCCAGCAAAUUGCAACCUGUACUUCCUCUGCACUGGAGAUGUUACGCCAAUUCAAAUGUCUUGUGCUAAUGAUCUCCACUUCGACCCAGUCCUUCGUAAAUGCAACUUCCCUCAUCUAGCCAACUGCGAACCAGCUGCACCUCCCCCAGGCCCCCCAGGAGUUAGUUGUCCUGAUUCUGGUGGUGUUACUCUUAUUCCCGACCCCACCAGUUGCGAUCACUUCUACAUCUGUGACUUCAAUCAAUAUCCACAUCGCCAUGCGUGUCCACCAAACUACCACUUCUGCCAGGAUUUCAGAUUCUGUAGACCAAUAGGACAGGCUGUGUGUACUCCACCAACUCCCCUAGAAGUCUUUGGAGUGCAUUCACUAUCUGAUUUUGAGUGCCCUUAUUCUGGAAUUCAUUUCCUGCCCUACUCAGGAGAUUGCUCAAGGUACGUUCUGUGCAUCGAUGGCUCUGCACAUGAACAGAGAUGUGCUCCCGAUCUAUAUUUCAAUCCCACAACACAGCGUUGUGAACCUCAGGACAAUUUCACAUGUCCUUAUUAAAACCACAUUAUUUUAAUUCAAGGAAUUUGUCUCCGUAUAAAAUGUAUUAUCUUUAAAUAUAGAAACCGAAUAAACUCAAUAAAAUAAAUUUAAUUUACACUACGAAA